CUCCACUUGUAGCUCUUCUCUUCCUCAACAUGGCUUCGGGGUGGUUCGGAAGAUCAGACAACGCGCCCUCGAGGCUGCCUGAUGUCCAGAUCCAAAUCGCAGACCGUGAACCCAACAACUUCUAUUUGGGCUCAAAUGGUACUAGACCUGCCUCUGGAACGGAGAAAAUUGAUACUUUCCAUUCGAAGAGGCAUGUCAACUCAGCCUCAUUGUUCGAUGUUGGGAUCUUCAGAGAUACUCUAGCCCCAUCCUUAGGCCUGCACUCGAGUCUUGCAGUCCUUGCAUGGGCUGCUGCUCGUUAUACAGGCCGCGUUGAAGCCAAGGACUGGCUGUGGCCCUCUGGCCAGGUUGUCAAUGCCUGGUGGUCUGCUGUUGGCCGUCGGAUGUACCAAGGAUUUACCCUUUCCCAAGCUCUCCAUCGUCUCUCCUGGCAUGAACGUCUCCUGCUGACUGGCGUCACUCUCUGGGGUGGACGGCUCUUCUAUCGUAUCUCCUCCCAGUCGCUAAAGCGGGGCAAGGACGACCCACGAUACGAUGAGGUUAAGCAAGAGGAAAAUUUCUGGACCAAGUCGCUCUUCACGACCUUCAUUCCCGAGGCGUUCUUCCAGAUGCUGAUUAGCUUGCCUUUCACAGCGCCAUUCCGACACGAGGGAGCAGUGCUGAUGGGCUACCAUCCAAUCAUCCAGAUAAUUGCGGUGGGAAUGUUCUCCGCUGGCAUCGCGCUUGAGACAUUGGCGGACUAUCAGCUUGAUCAAUUCAAGGCUGAAGGGAAGUCAGGGAUGUUGAAGGAGGGUGUUUGGAGCAUUGUCCGCCAUCCAAACUAUCUUGGUGAUGCUUUCGUUCACUUGUCGUUCAUCGUUCUCUUGUACGGCUCGGAUAUGCUUGCACCUAUCGAACUCCUCGGCCCCCUUGCCAACUACCUCUUCCUUCGGUACUAUGGUGGGGAUAAGGAAAACGAAAGGGGUCAAACUAGGCGUUAUUCCAUGUCCGCCCCAGAUAAAUUUGCGGAGCUAGAGAAGUUCCGCAGCGAGAAGAAUUCUUUCUGGCCAGCGGCUCGGGAGAUAAGAAAUAAGUGGCUGUGGGUUAUUCUCGGAUGUGGUGGACUAGGAGUCUUUAUCGAAGAGGGGUUGAGAACAUUCCAUUAGAUUGGAAUUGGCCAAAGGUGAAUGUUGCUUCCUGGGGGCGGAUGGCUUCUUUUCAUUCCUCAAAUUUAAUAUGAAAAUUGGC